AGAAAAAAAGGCAAGUUGAACAAGGAAACCAACACAUUUCCUGUUAAGUCGGUAUUUAAUUGGAGGAGUUUGUGAUUUUCCUUAGAAUAAUCACUGUAACCUACAUUACAUUAGUAUGCAGGUCAGAAUAUUGCUUCUGUUUCUGGCAGGAUAUUUUGCCCAAGUGAAAGCUCAGGCUAAUUUUGUUUGUCCUGCACCCAAUGGAAUUUUCCCAGAUUUUGCCAGUACAGGCUGCACUAUGUUCUGGCGUUGUAACAACUGCCUCCCUGUAAGAGACAGAUGUGCAGAAGGGCAGCAGUUUGACUAUGCCCGCACACUAUGUGAUGCAGAUGCUAAUGUAUUCUGCAAUGACCAAAGACGGAACUUUCAGCCUCAGCCAGGCGCUUGGCAAUGUCAACCUAAUAAUGGUGGCGGUGCAGGAAUACGAAACAAUUUCAAUCCAGUAGUACCAGGACAAGGUGGUCGAGGUGUGGUGAUUAAUUUACCACCGAACAUUCCACAACUCAAUGUCCAGCAGUGUACCUUGAUUCAAAAUCAGAUGAAUCAAUUUUUCACCCAGAUGAUCCAAGCAAUGACCAACAAUCAAUGUCCUGGACCACAGUGUGUUCUACCAAUAAUAGCUGUUCAAUGUUAAUUAAUUAAUAAACCAAGAUGGUUAAUAUCUGUUAUUAAUACGUCAGUCAAUCUACCUAUAUUAGCAGUUCAAUGUUAAUUGAUUAUACAUUGUAACUGAUAUCAGUAAUUAUCAUGUAACUCAGUCAAUAUACUAAAUAAUCUUUAUCUAAUUUUGGCACAAGGCCGGCAACUUUGAAGGAGGGGUCUAGUCGAUUACAGCAACACUAGUGCUCAACUGGUACUUAUUUUAAUAACCUCUGAAAGAAUGAAAAGCAAAGUUGAUUACACUGCCAUUUGAACUCAGAACAUAAAGUGCUGGAAGAAAUGUCACUGAGCAUUCUGCACUGUGUGGUAAUGACUUUGCUCAUUUGCCACCUUAAUUAAUACAUUAAUAAUAGCUGUACAAUGUUAAUUAAUCAAUUAAUCAUUCAUGGUAAUUAAUAAAAGUAACAAUUGUGUGGCUCAAUCAGUCUACCAGUAAUAGUUGUUCAAUUAAGCAAACAUAGUAAUUAAUGUCAGCAAUUAUUAUGUAGUUCAGAUAAUUUACUAAUAAGUUGUAAAAUGUUAAUUAACUAAGCACAAAAGGUAAUUAAUACUAUUAAUUAUUAUGUUUCUAAAUCAAGUUACUAAUAAUACCUGCCACCCUGUGUCUUUUCUACCGCUAUCAUAAUGACCUCUGCUUCUCAGAGCUAGCUGAUAUCCUGCCACCUCUUCUCAACUACUUUCUGCUUUUACAUUUUGAUUUCAAAUCCUGCCAAGGUCAACUUUGCUUUUCAGCCUUCCUGGGUUGGUAAAACACAAUACCAGUGGAAUUCUAAAUUAAUAUAAUUAGCUGGUCCCCUUUUAUCCUGUGUAAAAAUAAUUAUAUUUUAAAUAUCUUAUGUAAGGAAACUUAAAUAAAUAAAUGAAAUGA